AUGUAUAUCAUGAGUGAUCUUCUUCUGAUCCAUGACGCUUAUAUCGCUCGCUUAAGGAACAUCGUUGCCACGGUCAACCUCGAUUGCCGUUUGGACCUUAAGACGAUUGCCCUGCACGCGAGAAACGCUGAGUACAACCCAAAGCGUUUCGCCGCCGUCAUCAUGCGUAUUCGUGAGCCCAAGACCACCGCCCUGAUCUUCGCUUCUGGUAAGAUGGUCGUUACUGGUGCCAAGUCUGAGGACGAUUCGAAGCUUGCCUCGCGCAAGUACGCUCGUAUCAUCCAGAAGCUCGGAUUCAACGCCAAGUUCACCGAUUUCAAGAUCCAGAACAUUGUCGGUUCUUGCGACAUCAAGUUUCCUAUUCGUCUUGAAGGUCUGGCAUCGCGCCAUCACAACUUCAGUUCUUACGAACCCGAGUUGUUCCCUGGUCUCAUCUACCGCAUGAUUAAGCCGAAGAUUGUGCUCCUUAUCUUCGUCAGUGGAAAGAUUGUCCUCACUGGUGCCAAAGUGCGUGAGGAGAUCUACCAAGCCUUCGAGAUGAUCUAUCCUGUGCUUCAGGAUUUCCGCAAAGUUUAA